UUACGCGACAAGAGAAUAAUUUUUCUUUUCCGUACUUUGCUACCGUGGCUAAUCGUUAGCUGUUACCGUGUUACUCCAUCCGGUCAACAGUUGUCCGCCAUAUGUUGCGACUAUUUUCAAUCAGAUAUCAUAAAUUGGAUUUCACGUUUGAUUCCUUCUAACUAUUUAUUUUAGUUUAUUUAAACACGAACCCCCCGUUGAGAUAAACUCUUAUACGUAUUGUUUGCAAGACAGCAGAUAUAUUUGCACUGAGGGGAAAAAAAAGACCUUAAAAUGAAGUUCAUACAUGGGGGGCUAUUUCUAGCAGGAGCACAACGUGGCAAAAGUUGGUCGUUGACGUGUUGAAAGACCCAGCCUCUUCAGUGCUCUGACUGAGGGAAAGAGGAAAAACACCACCAAAGAAUGAUGCUACCACCCCUAUGCUUCACAGUAGGGAUGGUGUUCUUGGGUUGGAACUCACCGUUCGUCUUUCUCCAAACACGGAUGCCGGACUGCGAGUCUAUCAAGAAAAUGUUGCGGGCUGUACUCCAGUCCAGCAAGGAGGGUGUGAGUAUUCACAGACUGCAGGAGGAGUAUAGAUCCCUCUGUUUUGAGAAUAUCCCUCUGAAGAAACUGGGCUUCAGCAAUUUGGAAGACUAUCUCAGAAGCAUACCCUCGGUGGUGCGGCUAGACUACAACAAUGGAGAUUUGAGAUGCUUUGCUGCGAUAUGUAGCGAGACUGCACACAUCGCCCAGCUGGUGGCGCGACAGAAGAGUUCCAUGAAAUCAGGAUGUUCCCAAGUCAUUAACUGCAGGAUGAGACGCAAAGCUUCUAACCCUUACAUGCGUCGUGGGUGCCCAAUGUCUUCUCUGAGGCAACCUUCAGCUGGUGGGACUUUCAAGCCCACAAGCCGAUUUCUACCCCAUGGUGGCUAUAGAGGCUUCAGUGCCUCAGGAGAUAUGAGGCAGAGGGGCCAGUGCUUCAUCCCACCAGUGGAGUACAGACACUCUGCCCCUCAACCAUCUGUUAUCCCUGACAGCCCCAAGAAUGUAGUCAUUCUCCAGGAACCAAAAGAAAAUCCAUCUGAACAAGUCUCCAGAACAAACUGUUUUGAGUCAAGACUGUAUGACUAUGAUGAGAUUGUGGUGCAAAGAAGGUUAAACCUGCUAUUAAAGAAGUACCCCUUUGGGCUGUGGAUGUCUAAACUGCCAACUGUCUUCAGUGAAUUGUUCAGUCAGCAGCUCCAUCCUCGGGUUCUCAAAGAUCUGGAAAAGUGGACACACAUUUGUGUGGUAGAGAAAUCAUACAGCACCAAAGGGGACUCCUUGGUUUACCCUCCUCUGCCUUCAUUGACUGCUCCCAGAAAUGGCCUGCUUGAUGGCCCUGCAAAAUGCUCCAACAACUUGAGCACUAUAUCUACAUUCACUUCCUCACAGAAGUCUCCUUCAGUGCCUUUUCCAGUUAACCCUGUUCCAAAACCUACAGUUUUCUCCAUAAAACCGCCAUCCGACUCUGCGCUCGGAUUGGCUACACAGGCCAGUGAUGAUGCCACAUCUUUGUUUGCUCCACAAAAGAUGUUCCACCGUUUUGCAGUCACUUCAAGUAAUCCUAACGUUGUCACUGCUCAUAACCUCAGACCAAAUGGUCAACCUUUGGAUCCUACAGAGAAAUUUCCUUCAAAAAAAAACUCUUCUUGUAAUAUUUCCUUAGAAGAUUUACCAUCACAAAAGUCUCCAUUGUUCUCGAUCUCUGUUUCUUGCUCUCGUCCUGUCAAGUCCUGUGCUGCCCUUUUGCCAGAUGAUGUGUGUUACAGAAUAAAGGAGCUUCUAUCAAAGUAUAGCAAUGGGCUAUGGGUCCAUGCGUUACCUAAACUUUUCAUGGACACAUACAAGACCCCAUUCCCUGAACGUUUUAUGAAUAGAUUCUCUCUCCUUCCGGACCUGUGCACAGUGGAAUACCCUAUUCCAAAUAACAGCAACAAGGCCAUCCUGUAUAAGUCCAUGACAGUAAACCUGGAGGAAACUGACAGCAGAGGCAGUCAGAAGACCAGAACCUACCACCUUCCAUCUGGCAUUGACGUUAUUGGCCCUGGAAUUCCAGCCAAUUUAGUUCAUCCCUCAUUGCAGUAUCCCUCUGUGUUGGUUAUUGAUGCCAAAACCAGUAAUGCAGUCACCAUAAGGUAUGUUGGCAAGGACUAUUCUGAAGCCCUGGAGGCAAUGGAAAAUGCUAUGGUUUCCUUCUAUAAAAAAAACUCAACCAUCCAGCCUCUCCCUAAGCUUGUUGUGCGUCAGCUGGUAGCAGCCAAAGGGGAGAAUGACAAUGAACUGACUAGAGCUCAGGUUACUGAAGUGACUGACAACAAUAUCACGGUUUACCUAUUGGACCAUGGCUUCAGUUUAGAGACCCAUAGAGAAAGUCUCCUGGAUUUGCACAAUGACUUUCUUUCACUGCCCUUCCAAGCCACCAAUAUUAGGCUGGCAGGUUUAGAGGCAUUCAGUUCCCAUCCCUCUGUGUUGUCAACUUUGGAGAAGUUUGCGGUCGGAAAGAUUCUACUGAUGGAAAUAUUGUGUUCACCUCACCCCAAUGACUUGCCUGAGGCAUUGCUCUAUGACACCUCACAAGAUGAAGACAUCAACAUAAACUCUGUUUGCUUAAAGGAACUGCAGGACAAAACCAUGAACAACCCCUUAACUGUGAAUUCUACCUAUCAGGGUGUAUGUGUCACAAAUGUGUGUGGAGAUGGCAUUGUCUUCUGCCAGCUGCCCUGCAGAGGAACCGCAAGACUCAACAUGUUGUUGGAAAAAAUAAAAGCGUUUUUCAUCUCCCAGAUAACGUCUGAGUACUUGGUUUCUAAACCCUUCCAUGGUAAGAUGUGUCUGACCUGCUACAAAGAUAAAUGGUCCAGAGCAGAGAUAACCAACCUUUAUGACAAUAGGAUCAUUGAGGUUGUCUUAAUUGAUUUGGGUGUACCAGCAACUGUUGAGGUGACUGAACUUCGAGAGAUACCCAUUAUUUUUAUCCAAGACUUUACCCUCAUCCCGCCACAGGCCAUCAGAUGCCGUCUGGUUGAUGUGAUUGUCCCAGAGGGAGACUGGAGCCCAGAUGUUCUUUCAUGGUUAAAGGAUGCUCUCCUUGGGGUUGAGAAUUGUAAAAUGAAGAUUUUGAAGUUAGAGGAGGACAAAGGUGGUAGACUCUUGCACAUAAAUCUACAUGUUGAUGCUGACUGUGAAGACAUGUACCAGAGCAUCAACCAUCAGUUGAGCAAUCCAGACAGAUGGCAGACACUCAACAGCAAAAAGUCUUUAAUGGCCACUGAUGAUUGCAGUGCCUCAGUCAUGAGACUGGCUUUAAACACCCCAACACAUCUUCAUCCAGGACUAUGUGAAUCCUCUUCGGCAGAUAGAACCGCUAGGAUGCCCCCACCACACGAGCUCCCCCCGCCUGGCCAGAACAUGGAUGUCUAUAUACAAUCAGCUUGCCACCCUGGUUACUUUGUACUGCAACCAUGGCAGGGCCUGCAUAAAUUGGUCUUGUUGAUGGGAGAGAUGGUACUCUAUUACAAUCAGACGGUGACCAGCACAGUUAUGGAAAUAAAGAAAGGAGACAUCUAUGCAGCCAAAAUAGACAAAAAUUGGUACCGUGCAGUGGUGAAGGGGGUUCUGUCCAAUGACUUGAUCUCCAUUUAUGAGUUGGACCACGGCAAAUACGAGGUUCUUCGCAGGACCUUCCUUCAACCUUUGAUUGAGGAAUUUCGACAGCUCCCUUUUCAGGCCAUCACUGCACAACUGGCAGGUGUGCCAAAGUGCCACUGGUCAGAGGAGGCAUCCAUAGUCUUCAGGAACCAUGUGGAGAAGCAAGCACUUGUGGCCCAGAUCGAAAGUGUACAAGAUGAGUCGGAAAGAGCCAAGGGAGAACUGUGGGAGCGCAAAAUAACUGUGUAUUUAGUGGACACCAAACUCAAAGACAAAGACCUUUGGAUCCACAACCUCAUGGCAGACUUUUGGAGUCGGCAAUUGUGUGCUGCUUAAAGGCUCACAAAUGUUUGUUCAUUAUUUUUUUGUCUUGCAGUGCUUAACGCAUGUUUUGAUCGAAUUCUAGCUUCCUUUUUUCAUACAUUAAAAAUGCCACUCAAAGUUCUUCACAGAGAUCAAAAUAAAAUAGAAGGAUGAAUACGAAAACACACCCCUCCCAUCCUCCAAAAUAAAUGCAGACACACUUGUAUAAACAGACAUAACCAAUGCAGAUAAAGCAUCUUUUGACUAAUAUUGAAACAUGGCAAGGCACUGGGGAUCCAAGUUGUUUAUUUAUCCAGUAUCGCCGUUAAACACAAAAAUGCACAGGCCCACAGUUGUCAAUUAUUGACGAUAUCGAAUCCAACCCCACCCCCAAUCAGGCAAUGAAAAACUAAAAACCCUAUUUGGACAAAAGAAAAAGAAACCUUAAAGCGACUGCAGAUGGGGGGUCCGCCUUCCUGUAUGGCCAGGUUGCAACGGAUGUUCAGUGGGCAACAUUUAUCAAAUAGUCGGGUGAUGUUUAAUAUUGCAGCACGGUGGGGCAGCUGGAAAGCGUUGGCCUCACAGUUCUGAGGACUCUGGUUCAAUCCCGGCCCCACCUGUGUGGCGUUUGCAUAUUCUCCCCGUGCCUGCGUAGGUUUUCUCCCGGCACUCCAGUUUCCUCCCACGUCCCAAAAACAUGCAACAUUAAUUGGACACUCUAAAUUGCCCCUUGGUGUGAUUGUGAGUGUGGAUGUUUGACUCUCUGUGCCCUGCGAUUAGCUGGCAACCAGUUCAGGGUGUACCCCGCCUCCUGCCCGUUGACAGUUGGGAUAGGCUCCAGCACUCCCGCGACCCUUGUGAGGAUAAGCGGCAAAGAAGAUGGAUGGAUGUUUAAUGUUCAUUAAGAUGGUAUAAGACUCCAUUUAAAUGGAAAUGGCACCACAGGGUAUAUGGCUUCGGUGGGUCUGCCUCCGGACCUGGCCUGGUGGGUCAAAGCAGAAUCUUACUUGGCAAUCACUGGGGGAAAUGGUCCAGUUGCUCAGUGCAGAACCCAAGCAGCAACAGCCUCAGAUUCUGUCAGUGUCACCUAGCCUUCUCCCUGAGCA